GAGGCGGGUGGGAACCGAAGCCGAGCGCGGGCUGAGAGGAGAGGGCGGCGAUUGGCGAGUGGCGCGGGACCCGGAGCCUCUUGCACUUUUUUUCCUCCCGAGUGCCCCCUCCCACCCCUCCCACUCCACACACACCCUGUUUGCCCGUGAGCCUGGGGAACUUGCAGCUUAAAGCCAGCCACCCCCACGGCAACAUGUACCCCAGCAACAAGAAGAAAAAGGUGUGGAGAGAGGAGAAAGAACGUUUACUGAAGAUGACCUUAGAGGAGAGACGCAAAGAAUACAUAAGGGACUAUGUUCCCCUGAACACCAUCCUAUCCUGGAAGGAGGAGAUGAAGGGCAAGAGCCAAAAUGAUGAAGAAAAUACUCAGGAAACAUCACAGGUGAAGAAAAGCUUGAGUGAAAAAGUUUCUCUCUAUAGAGGUGACAUCACAUUGCUAGAGGUAGAUGCUAUAGUCAACGCGGCAAACGCCAGUCUCCUUGGAGGAGGAGGUGUGGAUGGCUGCAUUCACAGAGCAGCUGGACCCUGUUUACUGGCUGAAUGUCGUAACCUGAACGGCUGUGAAACUGGACAUGCAAAAAUCACAUGUGGCUAUGACCUGCCUGCAAAAUAUGUCAUCCAUACCGUAGGACCAAUAGCCAGAGGUCAUAUUAAUGGUUCCCACAAGGAAGACCUUGCAAAUUGCUAUAAAUCAUCUCUGAAGCUGAUGAAAGAAAAUAACAUCCGAUCAGUUGCAUUUCCCUGCAUCUCAACCGGCAUUUAUGGUUUCCCAAAUGAGCCUGCUUCCAUCAUUGCCCUCAGCACCAUUAAGGAAUGGCUGGCCAAGAAUCAUCAUGAGGUGGAUCGGAUCAUCUUCUGUGUCUUCUUAGAAGUUGACUUCAAAAUCUACAAAAAGAAAAUGAGCGAGUUUUUCCCUGCAGAUGAUAAUAAUGAAGAAGAAGGUGUUGACAUCAAAGAAGAUUCAGAUGAGAACGGUCCAGAGGAAAAACAAAAUACAGAAGAAACGGAAGAGCAGAACCAAGAAGCAGAUGGCAUCAAUGCUGCAACUGGGCCCAGCCCUGCUUCAGAAGAGGCUGCUGAAGUGUGUAAAGAUGAAGAUUCUACAAAGGACGACAAUAUUGUAAAAGACAAUGAAGUGACAGAGCAUUCUGUGUGUGACCAAGAUCAACCUAAUGGACAAGAGCAUGAUUCAACGAAGAAUGAAAUAAAAAUUGAGGCAGAGUCCCAGAGCUCAUAUAUGGAAACAGAAGAGCUUUCACCAAACCAGGAAGAUGCCACGACCGUGGAGCAACUGGAAGUGAUCCCUCUAACGGAUGACCAAGAAGACAAAGAAGGUCAAAAAGCUCAAGGCGAGGACACACCUAGAGUUCCUGUGCAAAGCGAAGGGUCUGGCUACACAGAAAACUCUCCAAGUCCCGAUGUUGAAAUGAAUAGUCAGGUUGACAGUGUAAAUGACCCAACAGAGAGUCAGCAAGAAGAUUAA